GGGGCUAAAAACAAAAACAAAAACAAGCACCAAAAUCAAAAGACCCCAAGCCCUUUCUCUUUCUGCCUUCUUCUCUCUUGUUUCUAUGGAAACGCAACUCCCAAACACAGAUGCUGAAUCUCUUCAGCAAUUACUGAAUUUGAACCCUAAGGUUAAUGACAACAACACAGAAAAGGUCAAUGUAUCACAACCAGCAAACUCCAUCAGUACAGACCAGCCUUUGGGUAUCGAAUUCGUGGAGAAGAUCUUGAAAUACGAGUUCAAAGACAAGAACCUGCUGCUGCAAGCGUUCACUGACACUAGUUUUGACGAAAACUGUGUUUCGUAUGAACGCUUAGAAUUCUUAGGAGACACGGUUUUAAACAUGGUUGUAACCAAAUAUUUAUAUUUUCGCUAUGAGGAUUGUACACCUGGUACAUUGACCAAACUUCGAGCGUUCAACGUUGAUUCAGAAAAACUUGCCCGAAUCGCUGUAAAACAUAAUCUGCAUCGUUGCCUCCGUCAUAAGAAACCCUUGCUUGAGGAUCAAAUACUGAAAUUUACAGAAGAUAUAGAAAACUAUCCACUACAUUCGCGUCAUCUUCUGGAAGUUCCUAAGACCCUAGGCGACAUAGUAGAGUCUACUAUUGGAGCUCUCUACACCGACUGCGACUCCUUCGAGACCGUGUGUAAGGUGAUAAAACCAUUGUUGGAACCAAUAAUACCAUUAGAUAAACUGGGGGACCAUCCAGUGACAGAACUCAAUGAGAUGUGUCAGAAGAAGAACUUGAAACUGAAGUUCUAUACCAAUAAUUGGCAAGUUGAUAAAACUGUUGUUGUCUUUAUUGAGGAUCAUUUCGUUGGAAUUGGACACCAUCCUUCCAAGAAAGACAUUGCUAAAAAUUGCGCUGCACAAAAUGCUCUGGACAAUUUUUCCCAUUCCUUUGCAAAUAUUUAA